AUGAAAAAAGAUCAUCGUCGGUGGACAUGGGAAUCGCCCAAUGGCGCGACUCGUGCGGAGAUCGACCACAUACUCACCAACCGGAGGUGGUGUCUACUUGACGUCUCAGUAGUACCAUCCUUUUGUAGUGGUUCUGAUCACCGUCUCCUUCGUGCGAAAAUACGACUUAGCCACACGAUGGAAAAGAACAUCUGCUAUCGGCAACGAAGAAGAAAAGAAGUCGUCUACGACGAUUGCGUACUCGAGGACUCCCUGUCCCAAGGUGACUGGCACAUCGAGGAGGACCCAAACGUGAACUACGAGAUGCUGCUCAGAGGAUUACGAACCUGCGCUGAACGUGCCUCGAAGCCGCGCACGACAAAGUUAGAUCGAAUUUCGAAGACCAUCAUGGAAUUGUUGCAAAGAAGAAGGGCUUUGAGGUUUGAUCCGAAUGCAUCGCACAUUGAGCGGUUAGUAGCAAACACUAGCUGCAGAAAAGCGUUGCAGGAGGAUCUUUUGAAGUACAGGCAGAAGAAGAUUCUAGAAGCAGCACAAAGAAGAACGAGUCUAAAGAAGUGCCGCAGGGAUCUCCGCGAAUAUAAUAUUCCGCUAGCAACCUUGCUGAGCGAAGACGGGACUCGCACGUCUUCUCGUGGUGAGAUGGAAAUCAUUACGGAGAGCUUCUACUCGAACCUUUUCCGUUCAUCAACUCCUGUGUCAAGCCCAAUCAUCCCCACUGACGAAGCUCCACCACGGAUUCUCCCUUCGGAAGUACGAGUCGCUAUCAAGAGCAUGAAACCUGGCACAGCCCCCGGACCUGAUUUUAUAUCAGCAGACUUUCUUCGGGCUGGUGGCCAUCCGCUUCAUGUAAUCUUAGCAGCGUAUAUGACAUCCUAUCUUCAGAAAGAAAGGAUCCCAGACCGGUGGAAGACCUCGCGAACCGUUCUUACCCAUAAGAAAGGUAACCGAGAGGACCUUCGGAACUACCGUCCGAUAUGCUUGCUGAGCGUGUUAUACAAAGUAUUUACCAAGAUCAUCCUCACACGCAUAUCUAGGACGCUGGAUGAAGCCCAGCCUCAAGAACAAGCUGGAUUCCGCCAAGGGUUCAGCUGCUUGGACCACAUCCAGAUCGUAUCGAGGGUCAUAGAAGUUUGCCGGGAAUACCGCCUGCCCCUUGUUCUAACCUUCGUCGACUAUGAGAAAGCCUUGGACAGCUUAGAAACGAAUGCAAUACUUUCAGCGCUAGUCGAUCAAGGUGUGGACGCGUCGUAUGUGAGGACAUUAGCUAAUUGCUACGAACGAUGCACGACUAGGAUACAGCUUUUCCACCGCCCUCUCACCAUACCCAUUGGAAAAGGGGGUACGACAAGGCGAUACUAUAUCGCCGAAGCUGUUCACGGCUGCAUUGCAAUGGAUAAUGAAAUCACUAUCCUGGGAAGAAAGGGGCAUACGUGUUGA